AUGUAUACUACAAUAUUUUUUAUUCAUAUUUCUGUUAGGUAUAUCGAUGAACCAAUUUCAACACAAACUUCUUCAAAUUCAGAACUAGAUUUAAAUCCAUCAACUUCAAGUUUUGGGCAAUCUUUGGUUUUUGAUUCUCUUACUCCUUCUACAAGUACUAUUAUAGAAGAUUCAAGUUCAAACAUAACAUAUAAGCAAACAAAAAUGACUCAAUUUACUCUGAAUAAAACCUCUAAAAAUAAAACUGAUAACGCUCUAGCCUACUUUAAUGCUACAAGUAUGACACCCUAUAAUGUGGUGGAAAAAGAAGGUUUUAAACUUUUUGUAAAUUCUUUAAAUCCUAGUUAUAAACUGCCAAGCCGGAAAACAGUAACAAAAUCUCGAAUUCCUAAUCUUUAUAUAGAAACAAGCAAUAGCGUCGGAAAACUGAUAAAGAGAGCAAAUUACCUAUCUUUUACUACAGAUUGCUGGACUUCGAGUUCAAACAAACCAUUUAUCGCAAUGACAUGUCACUUCAUUACCAAUUUCAAAUUGGCCUCCGUCUGCUUGGGUUGUAUUGAGUUAUCUGAAAACCACACUGGAGAUAAUAUUGCAGAUGUCUUACUAAGUUAA